AUAACCUUAUCGGGGAGGGUUGCCUUGGCUUCGUUACAUCCGGGUCCCUCUCCCUGUAUCUCCAGUCGGGGCCCUGGCUUCCUGUAUCCUCCGCUAGUGGGGUGAGGAAGGAGGGCGGGCGCCUGCUCGCUCCCCGCAACUAGUGGCAGGAAGAUGUCUGGACCCGGGGUGCCCACGGCCGCAGGCGCCGGAGGGGCGAGGAGUCCUGGGGCGGCGCCGGAGUGGGGAGCCUUCGAGGACAACAUGCAGGGCGGGGGCUCUGCUGUAAUUGAUAUGGAAAAUAUGGAUGAUACAUCUGGCUCCAGUUUUGAAGACAUGGGUGAGAUACACCAACGCAUGAAGGAAGAAGAAGAGGUGGACGCAGAGGCGGCAGCUGCAGAUGAGGAAGAUGGCGAGUUCUUGGGAAUGAAGGGCUUUAAGGGUCAGUUGGGUCGGCAAGUAGCUGAUGAGAUGUGGCAAGCAGGAAAGAGACAAGCCUCCAAGGCUUUCAAUCUCUAUGCUAACAUUGAUAUCCUCAGACCUUACUUUGAUGUUGAGCCAAACCAGGUUCGGAACAGGUUGUUGGAAUCUAUGAUACCUGUGAAGAUGAUUAAUUUUCCUCAGAAGAUUGCUGGUGAACUUUAUGGUCCCCUCAUGCUGGUCUUCACAUUGGUGGCCAUCUUGCUUCAUGGAAUGAAGACAUCUGAUACUAUCAUUAGGGAAGGCACAUUGAUGGGUACAGCAAUUGGCACCUGUUUUGGUUAUUGGAUAGGCGUCUCCUCCUUCAUCUACUUCCUGGCGUACUUGUGCAAUGCUCAGAUCACCAUGGUCCAAAUGUUGUCGCUAUUGGGCUAUGGACUUUUUGGGCACUGCAUCACCCUCUUUGUCACCUACAACAUCCACUUUCACUCCCUUUUUUAUAUCUUCUGGCUGGUGAUUGGCGGCCUCUCCACAUUAAGAAUGGUUGCUGUGUUGGUGUCACGCACAGUGGGGCAUACCCAGCGACUCAUCUUGUGUGGAGCGCUUGCUGCCCUGCACAUGCUCUUCCUCCUUUAUCUGCACUUUGCUUAUCACAAGGUUGUAGAAGGCAUCCUGGACACGUUGGAAGGACCCAACAUCCCUCCUUUUCAGAGAGUUCCCAGAGACAUUCCAGCUGUUUCCUCUGUGGUACUGAACAUGACAACCAAAGCAGUUGGACUUAACUUAUAGCCUUACAGACUCUGCUCUGCGGCCCCUGCCUCUACAUAGGUCAUGUACUCUGUUGCUGUUACUAGUGCUAAGGGACAAAGUAACGGGAGCAGGACCU